AUGCCAAAGAAAUUUCAUCUUCCUAACAUGCGCUCCUUCGAUGGAACCAGCGAUCCGGAUGACCAUAUGGCUCAAUAUAGACAAAGGAUGCUCACCCUCACAGUGUCGAGGGAGUCUCGCGAAGCAUGCAUGUGCAAGGCAUUUGGAUGCUGUCUAACCGGUCCAGCACUACAAUGGUUCAUUAACCUCCCUAAUGCUUCUAUCAAUUCGUUCGCCCAGCUGACAGAUCUUUUCAUAGAGCAGUUCGCUACCAGCAGGAGGUUACCCAAGGCCUCAGACGACCUUUAUAAGAUUAAACGCGGAAUGGAUGAAUCUCUUCGUUCAUACAUUGGUCGCUUCUUGGCAGAAAAGGUUUUGAUCUCCAAUUGCAAUAUGGAAACAGCUAUCACAGCUUUCAGAAAGGGUUUGUCUUCCUCUGACGAACUCUACAAGGAAUUGAUGAAAUUUUCGUGCACCAACAUGGAAGAUGUGCUAGCUCGAGCGUGGGCUCAGGUGAAAUGGGAUGAAGAUGAAAGCAACCAGCCCCCAUCUUUGGUCAGGAAAAACACAGGGCAUCCGGGGGCAGGCAGAGACCGAAGUCCGGACCAUCGACCCUACGGGUCGCAGUGA